AUGAUGCUGCAGGGAAGCCGCCAAAGCCUGAGCGGUGUUAGUCUUAGCAGUCGGUUCGCCUCGUCCGCCUUCAGUGGUUCAAGGCCUUUGACGGUGCCGGACAUCGAUCCCCACUGGGGAUUCGAUUGUGCCGUGGGGGGCGAGACGAGGUCAGCGAGGGCGCGAAGCAGCUCUUUCUACGAGGGGGACGACGCCGACAUGCUGGCGUGCAUCAAUGGAGAAGCGUGA